AUGAAGAAACUUCUACAGCUGUUCCUUCCCUCCAUGAGAAAGAAGCCAGCGCUGGCUGAUGGCAGCAAUCCCGAUGGUGAUCUCCUCCAGGAGCACUGGCUGGUUGAUGACAUGUUCAUCUUUGAGAAUGUGGGCUUCACCAAGGACGUGGGCAACAUCAAGUUUCUGGUCUGUGCAGACUGUGAAAUUGGACCCAUUGGCUGGCAUUGCCUAGAUGACAAGAACAGUUUCUAUGUGGCCUUGGAACGGGUUUCCCAUGAGUAACUGAGGGGAAGGGGAUUCAGCUCCACCCCCAAAUAUAAAGCUACUCCCCACAAGAACUGGCAUUUAACUUGGUAUAACUGUUCUGCUGCCUUCCUGUCUGUGCUAACAUAAGUAAUGGAUCCCAACAUGUCCACUUUUCAUGCAGAGGGUUAAUCCUGCCUCCUUAAAGCUUCAAGUCCAUGCCUCUUGUUUAGUUCAUUUUGCAUCACAACAUUUCCUAAUCUCCUUUUUCCCCCAGUUUUGGGACACUGUAGUGCCUCCACAAGUCUAGGCUCAUCCUUAGCCUUGUGCCUAGGCUCUAUUUUACCCAGGGCCUCCUUUUUUCUUGCUGCAGAAAAGUAGUAUUCAGCCUUUUAGCCAUGACAAAAGAUGUUCAUAUGCUGAUAGUUUAGACUCCACCUUUUUCUCUCUCAUUCAAGAAAGCAUACAGAUAGGUGAGAGUGACUUUGUUGUAUAACCUUGUUAUCUACAGUCAUCUUUUUUCUAAA